UUACAUUUUUCUGCUCUAACACUUUUUGUUUUAUGUUUGAGUUGAUCAGAAAAAACAGGGAUUUAACUUAAGUAGAAGUUUGUGUCAAACAGUUCAAAGGACAAUAUUAUAAUAUUAAUCCUGGACAAUAAAUUGCUCUUUGAAGAUGAAGUGGACAUUAAUCCUCAUCUUUGGUAGUUGCUUGGCUGAGACUACGCUGUGCUGGACGUAUCACUACUCAAACGAGACAAUGAACUGGACCCAGGCCAGAGAGUGGUGCCAGAAAUAUUUCACAGACAUGGUGGUCAUCCAAAACCAAGCGGAGAAUGACUAUCUGGUCUCCAUCCUGCCACAGAAAAAUAGCCCAUAUUUCUGGAUUGGAAUCACUAGAAAUCAUAUGAAUGAAAGCUGGAUUUGGAUUGGCAAUAACAGCACGUGGAUUGGUAACAAUUCAUGGGCACCAAAUGAACCAAAUAAUGUCCAUGCAACAGAGUUUUGUGUAGAGAUCUACACUAAUACUGGACAAAAUCGAGGGAAGUGGAACGAUGAGAAAUGUAACAAAUUAAAACAUGCAGCAUGUUUUAAAACCCAGUGUAAUGAAUCAUCUUGUGAAAGAGGAAGAUGCCAGGAGGCCAUCAACAGUAUAACCUGCCUCUGUGAACGUGGUUUUAAGGGAGACAGGUGCCAAACAGCUGUGGAAUGCCCCCCUCUCCCUGAGCCUUAUAAUGGAUACCAUAGCUGCUUAGAAGGAAAUCAAACAUUCAACACGACCUGUCGAUUAAAGUGUGACCCUGGCUUCUUCAUAAAUGGCUCGUCAUUUGUCACUUGUGAAGACACUGGGGACUGGAGUGGGCCGAGACUUACUUGUGCAGCUGUGGAGUGUCCCCCUCUACCUCAAACUUAUAAUGGAUACCAUAGCUGCUCCGCAGGAAAUCAGACAUUCAAGACAACCUGUCAUUUUAAGUGUGACCCUGGCUUCCUCGUGAUUGGCUCACCAGCUGUCACUUGUGGAGAGACCGGAGUCUGGAGUGGCCCAAGACCUAUUUGUACAAGCUAUAAACAGGCUUUGUUGGCUUUAGCUGGAUGUGGAGCCUUCUCUACCUUCUGCUGCAUCUGUUUUUGUUGCAUAAAACACAGACAAAGAAAGAAACUUUCCCAAGAAAGGCCCCCCGAAGAAGGAAGUCCACCCUGUGAUACACAACCAUAACAACGUCCCACGUCUUAAUUAGAAUAUAUUUGACACCAAGACAUUUCACUCACAUUAACUGCAAUCCAGCAGUAACCAGGAGAUUGAAACAUGCACUGGAUGCUGAUUUAAAUAUCAAUCAGCUAAGGCUUUUGUCUAGUAUGUUGUAAAAGUUACAUUUGAUAUGUUGCAUACUUAUAAAUUAUGUAAUUGUGUGUAUUCGAUGGUGUGUCAUCAUGGUAUCGUUCAGACAUGUGU